AAAGGUCCUGUGUUCCUUUGACCCAGAGCCAAAAGAGUCAAGGAAGAAAAUUCUUGUGUAAUCAUGAACUGCAAGAUUGUCUUGGCUGUCUUGGCUGUCUUCCUGAUCUCACUAGCUUUGAAUGAAGGCAUGGCCUUAGCACAGAUUGGGAACGAGCUCCGAUGCCAGUGCAUAAACACUCAUUCCAAGUUCAUCCCCCGCAAAUGGAUUCAGGAUGUGAAGCUGAUCCAAAGUGGGGCUCACUGCCAGAAUGUUGAAGUCAUUGCUACUCUUACAGAUGGCAGAGAAGUGUGUUUGGAACCCACUGCUCCCUGGGUGAUGCGCCUUGUCCAGGAUAUUUUGAACAAGGCUUAAGUCAAUACUGAAGCAUUGCUCUAAGCAAAGUCAAACAUAAAAAAAAAAUCACCUCCUUUGUCCUUAAAGAAACAUUUCAGUGAAGAUGCCAGUCAGUC